AUGGAGUCUGCUCUCAACGGGAAGACGCCGAGCGCACAAGUCGUCGGGACGACUUCGCUGUACGAGAAUGGCCAAAUACGGUUGAUUCCCGCGCCAAGUCCAGAUCCGAAAGAUCCCUUGAACUUACCGGAGUGGCGGAGAUGGGCGGCCAUCGCCAGCCUGUGUUUCUUUGGCUCCUUAGCCCUCUCGGCGGAGAUCAUUGUUGGCAGCCUUAUCCCAGUGUUCCUCCUCUAUUACUCCGGGGUCGAUGUGCGCAUCCUCAACGCAUUUGACUUCCGGGCCGUCAGCGGCGGGUCUGCGACGGGCGUCAAACCUCUUGCCAUCAUCCCACAGGGCGUCGUGCCUGCCGACAUUGGGAAGGUCUCCAUGCUGGCGACCAUUCCGCUGCUGAGCAACGGCAUUGCCAGCUACUUCCUCGUGCCCUUGUCCAUUGGCAUCGGACGGCGGCCGGUUCUGCUUUUCGCCGGCGCCUGCGCUUGGGCUGGUGGUUUCCUCGCUGUCGCAAGCCCUUCUCUAGAUGUCCACUUGGCUGCGCGAGCGAUACAGGGGCUCGGAGCGGGGACCGUUGAAGCACUGAUACCCCUAAUUCUACAGGACAUGGUCUUCAUUCACCAGCGAAACAAAGCCAUGGCCGCCGUGGUUGCGAGUCAAGGGAUCCUCAUUACGGGUUUGGGAAUCCUCACGCCGUACCUCGCCUCAGUUCACGACUGGAGAUGGAUUUACUAUAUCACCUCUGGUUUCGGGAUCGUCGCAUGGCUUUUGUUAGUCGUGUUUCUCCCGGAGACACGGUGGACGCGGUCGAAAGAAGAGCUAAGCGGUCAGCAGUUCUAUCCCAUCGAACCAGGGAAGAAUCGGCCGGAAAUCGACUAUGGAGGCCGUCCUCCCCCAUCACAGUGGUCGUACAUGGCAUUGUUCCAGCACGGGUUUGAGUGGAGACAGGCGGGCAUGUCCAUGCUCAAUACCCUCAGGACCACUCCGUUCCCUGCCAUUGUCUGGGCUACCCUGGCCAACAGCAUUUUCGUCAUUGUCAACUCGGCGGCGCAACAGAUUAGCUCCUUUGCCCUCCUAGCACAGGGUUGGCAGUUCCAGUAUACCGGUCUGAGUGUGAUGCCAUUCAUAGCCGCCACCGGCCUAGUUUACAUAUUCGGCGGCCCAGUCGCCGAUCGAAUCUCGAAUGCCAUCGCGAGACGCAACGGCGGUGCCCGGGAGCCCGAACACCACCUGCUCAACAUGGUCUUGCCCCUCGUGUCCGGCCUGGCCGGGACCUUCAUAUUCGGCUGGGCGGGCCAGACCAACGCCUACUGGGCCGUCUUGAUGGUGGGAUCCUUCCUCAUUAUCUUCGGCUCUCUGGUCGUAAUGUCGGUCCUCAACGUUUUUGUGGUCGAGAGUUACCCUAUGUGGGCCGGUCCCGUGCUGGUCAACGUGUCGAGCCUACGCAUCAUCAUUGCCUUCUUCCUAUCGAGUCAGUCCACGACGUGGAUCGCCGAGAAGGGCUUCUUGAACACCUUCGUUAUCUAUUCCGAGGUCAUGAUCGUCAUCUCCUUGGGCAUACCGGUUCUGUAUUUCUUUGGGAGGAAGAUGAGGCAAUGGACCGCCGGCAAAGUGAAAACGACGGCUCCCAGUGACGUCUUGAAGAAGGAGUUUGAUGACAGCUUGAGUGAGAGGUCGGCUUGA